AACUUUGGGUGAACUAAUUUAUCGGGGCAAGGUAGGGUGGGCAGCGACCUGGGAAGGGUAUAAAAGGCGGCGGGCGGCGAGCGCGGCCCGCGCACUCGCAGCUCCCGGGGGGCCGGACGGGACGGGACGGGGCGGGAGGGGAGGGGAGGCGAGGCGCUGCCCAGCCAUGGGCUUCCCGGCGCUGCUCGCCAGCGCCCUGUGCACCUUCCUGCUGCCCCUGCUGCUCUUCCUGGCCGCCGUCAAGCUCUGGGACCUCUACUGCGUGAGCGGCCGCGACCGCAGCUGCCCGCUGCCGCUGCCCCCCGGCACCAUGGGGCUGCCCUUCUUCGGGGAGACGCUGCAGAUGGUGCUGCAGCGGCGGAAAUUCCUGCAGAUGAAGCGCAGGAAAUACGGCUUCAUCUACAAGACUCACCUCUUCGGCCGCCCCACGGUGCGGGUGAUGGGCGCCGAGAACGUGCGGCACAUCCUGCUGGGCGAGCACCGGCUGGUGGCCGUGCGCUGGCCCGCCUCGGUGCGCACCAUCCUGGGCUCGGGCUGCCUCUCCAACCUGCACGACGGCCAGCACAAGCACCGCAAGAAGGUGAUCAUGCGGGCCUUCUCCCGGGACGCCCUGCAGCACUACGUGCCCGUCAUCCAGGAGGAGGUGAGCGCCUGCCUGGGGCGCUGGCUGGGCGCCGCCGGGCCCUGCCUCCUGGUGUACCCCGAGGUGAAGCGCCUCAUGUUUCGCAUCGCCAUGAGGAUCCUGCUGGGCUUCCAGCCCCGCCAGGCCGGCCCCGACGGCGAGCGGCAGCUGGUGGAGGCCUUCGAGGAGAUGAUCCGCAACCUCUUCUCGCUCCCCAUCGACGUGCCCUUCAGCGGGCUCUACCGGGGCCUGCGGGCGCGCAACAUCAUCCACGCCAAGAUCGAGGAGAACAUCCGCGCCAAGAUGGCCCGCACGGAGCCCGAGGGCGGCUACAAGGACGCGCUGCAGCUGCUGAUGGAGCACACGCAGGGCAACGGGGAGCAGCUCAACAUGCAGGAACUGAAGGAGUCUGCCACAGAGCUGCUGUUCGGGGGCCACGAAACCACCGCUAGCGCUGCCACGUCGCUGAUCGCCUUCCUGGGGCUCCACCACGACGUCCUGCAGAAAGUGAGGAAGGAGCUGCAGGUGAAGGGGCUGCUGUGCGGCUCCCACCAGGACAAGCAGCUGGACAUGGAGGUCUUGGAGCAGCUCAAGUACACGGGCUGUGUCAUCAAAGAGACCCUCCGGCUGAGCCCACCCGUCCCCGGAGGAUUUCGGAUCGCGCUCAAGACCCUUGAGCUCAACGGUUACCAGAUCCCUAAAGGCUGGAAUGUUAUUUACAGCAUCUGCGACACCCACGAUGUGGCAGAUCUCUUUACCGACAAGGAUGAAUUUAACCCGGACCGCUUCAUGGCUCCGUCUCCGGAGGACUCCUCUAGGUUCAGCUUCAUCCCUUUCGGUGGCGGCUUGCGGAGCUGCGUAGGCAAAGAGUUUGCCAAAGUCCUUUUAAAAAUAUUUACGGUGGAGCUGGCGCGGAGCUGUGACUGGCAGCUGCUCAAUGGACCUCCUACCAUGAAAACAGGCCCUAUCGUGUACCCUGUGGACAAUCUGCCUACCAAAUUCAUAGGUUUCAGUGGCCAAAUCUGAGGGUUCGGCGCUUGCCUCUGGCUGGAUUUCAUCUAGUAUGUACAAAGCAACUUUUUAUAGUGACAAAGGCCUUUAAAUAUUUAAACUUGUAAAUGUAUAAUAGUUAUUUAUGUCUUCUUAAUAUUUCAAAAGGCUAUGAUAUUUUUUUCCAAGCACUACAAUUAUGGGUCUCUGAUUCAUAAUUAGAUAAUGUUAUUUCUAUAGAAAUAAGUUUUCCCCUAUUUAAAAAUGUUAUUGAAAGCUGACCAGCUAAGUGUUUGAAGACAUUUCAGGACAGUGUAUGUAUUAAGAAAUAUUCUUAAAGGCAUUUGAAAAAAUGGUAACUAGCUACUCAUCCAAAUUACCUGAAUGGUUAUUGUUUGGGAAUGUUUUCAGUAUUACUUGUGUCUAGAUCUUAUGUGUGAAUUUUAAGUUGAUAAUAAAGUUUAUUUUUGAAGA